UUUUCGGCGCAGGGAGCAAGAACUAAGGAGCCAAAAAACGGUGGUCAGUGACUAUGCUACAGUCCCAGCUAAGGCCCUGGCAGCUUCAUAUGAGGUGGCAUAUUUGGUGGCUCAAUCGAAAAAGGCUCACACGAUCGCGGAGAGUCUCAUCCGCCCCGCAGCCGUAGCGAUGACAAGAGCAUUGCAUGGAGAGAAAAUAUCUAACACUCUUUUAACCAUUCCCCUUUCAAAUGACACUGUGGCACGCCUGGGUCGCGGACACCAGUGCAUGUUAAAUUGGGGGUCGCGACUCAAAAAGGUUGAGAACCGCUGCGUUAGAGGGCAGUUCGUCUAUGGCAACCUCACUAGGGCUAGAUGCUACCUAUGGCCCUGCAGACUCAGUCGCAGCCUUGGCAGAGUCAACACUGAGGUCAGAUGAAACAUCUACUCCCACCCACAAAACAAAAAAAUACGUAGUGUACGAAACCUCCUUAAUGGAGUUGUUCAAGGUGUGUCCUGUGUGCACGCGGGUGUGUGAUGUGCGGACUCAAAGGUCGGGGACAUUCCUGUCUGUGGAACAGCGGUGUCCCCAUUGUGAUUACCUCAGACGCUGGAAUAGCCAACCUAUUGUUGGAAGCACUCCAGCUGGAAACCUUCACCUUUCCGCAGCUGUAUACCUCAGUGGAGCAUCUUUCUUCAAAAUAGAAAGGGUGUUCAAGGCAAUGCAGCUGCAGCUGUUCAGUUAUAACACAUUCCGUCGCUAUGCCAGAACCUACAUCGAGCCAGCAGUCAUCCACCAUUGGAAAGCACUGCAAGAUGUGACCCUGCAACGCCUCAGUGAGGAGACCAGAGUAGUACUUGGUGGUGACAUGAGGGCUGACUCUCCAGGGCACUCUGCUAAGUUUGGUAGCUAUACCAUGAUGGACCUCAAUACCAACAAAGUCUUGGAUAUCCAGUUGGUUCAGAGCAAUGAGGUUGGUGGGAGCUACCACAUGGAAAAAGAGGGCCUGAAGAGGAGCCUGGCAUUAUUGAAUGCACGUGGUGUGACUCUUCACUGCAUUGUCACUGACCGCCAUCCUCAAAUCCAGAAGUUCCUCCGGGAGAGCAGCAUCACCCAGUACUAUGAUGUAUGGCACAUGGAGAAAGAAAGUUACAGGACCCAACCUUUGACACUGUAGCAGAAAUGACACAUAGAUGGCAAGCUGCCAACUUCCUGCUUCAGAGGCGUUCCACCUGCACCAUUAUUAAAGCUGCAUUUGAUCAUCAGUGGCUGACUGUGUCUUGUCCUGCUUGUAAAUCAUUUUCUGUAUCACCUCUCAGGUAAGAGAAAAAGUUCCAUGUUAUUUUACAGCUGACUGUAUUUCUAAAUAUUUCCUACAUUUGUUGGUAUUUUUUAUAUUUUCUAAAACUGGGUGUGUCCUC